AUUUCCUGCAGUGCCAUGACCCCGCUGCACCGCGCGUGGGUUUAGCCCGAAGAGGUAGAGGGGCGGCAGCAGGUCCUUCGGGGAUGGGACGGGGGCCGGUCCAAAGGCUUUAGGAGCCCAGGCUUUUCGCGCACCGCAUGAGGCGGGGCCCGCCUUGGACCGAGCAACUUCCCGGCCUCCUCUGGACAAAAGCCAGAACCUGCCGCCGCUGCUGCUGCCGCCGCCGCCGCCCCCUCUCUCGUGGCUGCAACUGGGCUCCCGGGGGUCGGGGCCGGCCGGGUGGCCGGGGACUGGACCGAUGUGGCGCAUGCGUGGUUCCGCCGCCAGCUCCGGGGGCUGGAGCGGCCCGGGCCGUGGCGGUGGUGGUGGUGGCGGCGGCGGCAGCCCGAGCCGCGGGCGGGACCGUUCGGGCCGGCUCCGCGCCGGCGGCUGGAGAGGCCGCGCGGGCGGGGCCCGGCCCAUGCUGGAGGAGCGCUUCGCGGAUCUGGCCGCGAGCCACCAGGAGGCGAUCCGCGCCCGAGAUGAGCGAGACCGCCAGAACGCCCGGCUGCGGGAGGAGAACGGCAGGCUGCGGCUGGAGAACCGGCGGCUGAAGCGCGAGAACCGCAGCCUGUUCCGCCAGGCGCUGCGGCGGGACAGCGAGGAGCCGGAGCCGCCCGUGCGGGCCGCGGCCCCGGGGGGAGGGGAGCAGAAGCAGCCGCAGCCGGAAGAGGGGGGCGACCCGGACGCCCAGGGCGGCGGCGAAGCCGAGCGGAAGAAGAGGAAAGAGAGCGAGCGGGGGGCGGACGAGCCGGGGAGCCCCCGGGCCCUCAGAGCCAGGCUGGACCGCUUAGAGGCCAUGUACCGCCGGGCCCUGCUGCAGCUGCAUCGCGAACAGCGGGGCCUCCGCGCCCGGACCCCGGCCUCCAACCUAAACAAAGAGGAGGGCAGGGAGGAGGAGGAGAAGGGGGAGCAGCAGCUGGAGGCUUGGGGGGCGGAAGGGCCUUGAGCCCCUGCUGGAGCCGCUUGUAGUUUCGGAGGGGUCCCUUCCACUCGCCAGCCCCUCAACCUUCCGGGCCUCGCCCCGCCUCUUGGAUGGGACCGAGGCCAAGCGCUGCAGCACACUUCUACCUGAAUUUGGGGGGCGCCUGCCCCUCCUGCCCCCCUCUUUAGCAAAUCAGGGAAAGGGGUAGAGCGCAGCCCCCUCGGCCGUAGCCAGAUUGGGCAGGAUCUGGAGGCCCGCUCCCCAACUACAUAGUCAGGGAGAUGACAAACCGAUCUGCUGUUGCCACGUGCAUGUGCUGGAGAGGGAGAGAAGUUGAACCGCGUGGCGGGGAGCCGGAAGGCUCCAGAUGGGACUAGAUAAAGUGCCACCCAGCAAACAGCGAAAACGGUGACAAGCCAAACCUCCUAAUGGCAGAGCCACCCUUUCUAAUCUCCUCUCCCAACUUUGCUCAGAACCUACUCGUGUUUUGCACAUUUGGUCUUUCACUGGUGAACCUAGUAUUUCAAGCUAUUUUAGACAGUCGCGGAAAUGUCGGCUUCCUCCCGUUCAACUCCAGAAAGUAGUCAAUCAUGUUUGGCAUCCCGCCCCCGACAGCAUUUUAAAACCGAAAGUCAAAACCCGAAGGCUUUUCGAGUCUUACCGACCCAUGACUCUAGGUCCUGAUUUGUUCACCUCUGACCCUUCUAAAAUAUCUGCUCACAUGGCACGUUGAAUGGGUAAAACUGCAUAGCACUAAAUAAAUCUUUGGCGCA